CUAAGUUUCCAAUUUUGACUUUUACCUUCAAACACACUAACUUCCUCAUUAAUUUUUUCAUAGUAUUAGUCAACCAGACUGGUCAUUACUGAACAGCACUCGGCUGCUCUUAUCCUUUUUCCCUGAGAUUGAAAGAAAAGCGAAGGACCAUGAAUGAAGUGAGUCAUCAAAGGAUAAAAACAAAUGGGAUAUGGCUGCACGUAGCGGAGCAAGGGACAGGACCACUAGUUUUAUUGCUUCAUGGCUUCCCAGAAAUAUGGUAUUCAUGGCGCCACCAGAUCACUUUCUUGGCUAGCCAUGGCUACCAUGUAGUUGCUCCUGAUUUAAGAGGCUAUGGAGACUCGGAUUCCCCUCUUAGCCCCAGCUCUUACACUGUUAUGCACCUUGUUGGGGACAUCAUUGGCCUGCUUGACCAUUUUGGGGAACAACAGGCUUUUGUUGUGGGACAUGACUGGGGAGCUGUUAUUGGUUGGCAUUUAUGCCUGUUUAGGCCUGAGAGAGUCAAAGGAUUGAUCAAUUUAUCUGUUCCAUACUUUGGUAGAAACCCGGAAGCCAAAUAUGGUGAAUCCUUAAUUAGAACAUUUGGAGAUGGGUUUUAUAUCUCCCAAUUCCAGGAACCGGGAAGAACAGAGAGGGCAUUUGCCAGGUACGAUUAUUUGACAGUGAUGAAGAAGUUCUUGCUAAUGACACAGACUGAUAAUCUGAUAGCUCCUCCUGGCAUGGAGAUUAUCGAUUAUCUUGAGACACCGUCAUGGUUACCACCAUGGAUUACUGAAGAGGAGCUCCAGGUUUACGCGGACAAGUUUCAAGAAUCUGGUUUCACUGGUGCUUUUAAUUACUACCGUGCUAUGGACUUGAAUUGGGAGCUCACUGCACCAUGGCAAGGAUCAGAAAUUACGGUUCCAGUCAAAUUCCUAGUGGGUGACAAUGACCUGGGUUUUGAAGCCAGCGGUAUAAGAGAAUACGUAGAGGGAAACGUGUUCAGGAGCCUUGUUCCCAACCUCGAAGUCGUUAUUCUAAAUGGUCAUCAUUUUCUCCAACAAGAAAAACACCAAGAAGUUUCGGAGGAAAUUCUAUCCUUUCUUCACAAAUUUCCUGCAGAGUAGCAGACUUCUCUGGUUUUGCAUUUUACUGGGAAAUUAGGCUUAUAUGACUAGUCUUGAUUUAUUGUUUUCCUCUGUAUACUCGUCUUGUAUGGUUCUAGAGUAGAAAGGUAUUUCCAAUUACCUUAAAUAAAUAAGCAAGUUAAUCUCAGUAUGAAACUUCACAGACAUUGAAUAAAGCUCUACCCCACUUUAAUAAAGCCUUUGAUUGUCCACGGGAAAUUUAACACCAAACAGCUGGAAAUGUCCUAGAUAAACAUUAAUUUUGUUAUUUUCUGAUCUAUUUGUUUGAUUGGUGAAC